AUGGCUGAAGUUCAAAUGGCUUCAGAGACAGCCGAAAAUGAUGUGUUGAUGCUUGGGGAACGAGGAUUAAAUGGCCGGGUUUCUCGACUGGAGGAAAAUGGCGAUGGAAUUAGUCCGCCAGAGAGGCCAAGACGGGAAACAAGACAGAACACGCGUUUAAACUCGGAAGAACUGGUCGCAGAGAAGUUAAUAAAGUUGAAGAAUUCAAGAAGCGGUCAUGUAGGACAUUUGACGUACUUGGCUAAUAAGAUAAGUGCACUUUUAACUGAUAACAGUAAUAUUAAAAUGGUAAAGGAACUAAGUGUAAUGUUUGACCGACAAUGGGAUCGCUUUGAACUCGUGCAUGACGAAAUAUUAGUCUAUGCUAGCCAAGACGAAUUGACUAAAGAAAAUGCUUUUCGUGUCUAUAACGAACAGUCGCAAAGAAAAUUAGACCUGUUUGACAAAAUCCUACAGUAUUCAGAUAGGGUAAAAGUUAGAUACGAUCAGAAAGAAACUUUAGAUGGAAAUGUCGAGACGCUACGUAAAUCUAGUGAUCAUUCGCCCAGAACGAGUAUUUCUUCAAGCAGUACAAAGUCUCUCGGGGCUCGCCUUAAAAGAGAAAAGGCGUCUACCGUUUCAUAACCAAGCGAGAUGGAGAGAUAGAGUUAGCAAGAUCUUAAAGUCGAGUCAUUCGCGACCUACGUUUUGGUGAUUUAGUGGAAUAUCUGCAAGAAAGAGCCAGCUCAGAAAACAACCCGUUGUAUAGGAAGUUGUCAGGAAAUUUCAAGAAGGACGAUACAAAAACUAGAGGGAAAAGUAACCUCAACAAAUCUGAUGGAACGAGAAUAUCAAGCUUUGCCACCCAGUUUGAUUCAGCGCCCUCAAACCAGCGAUAUGAUGAAAGAUCACCGAGCUGCCCCCGCUGCCAUAAUAAACAUCAUCUGUCCUCAUGCACAAAGUUCUUACAUGAUACUCCUGAGAACAGAAGAAAAUUUGUGCUGCAAUCCAAAUUAUGCUUUCAAUGUCUAUCCCCUGGGCAUUACAAAAGAUACUGUAAAAGUAUCAAGUGCGAAGCUCGUGGUUGCAAUAGACGGCAUCAUAGUCUGCUGCACUUGGACAAUGUACAAUACCCAACAUCGGAAAACGCGAGAAGAUCAAACCAAGCAACGACUUGUGAUGCGAGUGUACAAACGAAUGCAGCUAACAUUAGCCCAAAAGUCUACAGGACCACGACAGCGUUGCCAGUCGUAGCAGUAGUCGUAUGCGGUAAAGACGGCAAGAAGAAAUCCACAUAUGUUUUAUUAGAUCAGGCAAGUGAAGCGUCGUUCAUCCAUAGCAAUUUAGCGCAACAUCUGAACCUAACUGGUACGAAAGGAAUACUCUCAGUGAAAUCUUUAACUGGUUGUAAAUCAAUACACGUGGAGAGAGUCCCUCUUAACGUAGAGUCAGCUAGUCAUUCUUGUGAAGGAUCGAGGAUGCAGUGUAAAGAUGUCAUCAUUACCGAUACUCUGGAUGUCCAACUUAAGGUUGUUCCGAAACAAGAAAACAUUACUGACUGGAAGCACUUAUCGGACGUUGAAUUUCCUGACAUCGAUUGCAACGGUAUCGAGCUAUUAAUCGGGGCUGAUAAUCCAGCAGCCUUUAUCACCGAUGAGAUUAGAGUUGGUGGACCAGACGAACCAUGGGCAUUCAAGUAUAAAUUUGGAUGGGCUCUGAUGGGACCGAUGAAUCGUGAUCAACAGACUAGAAUCGAUGUCCAUCUUCUACAACAUUCUGAGACCCAGAGCGAGGAAAAGCUGUUGUCAGAAGAAAUCUAUCGGUUUUUCAAGGAUGAUGGUCUUGGAGUGGUGACGGAUACGUCAAGGACGAUGUCGUUCGAGGAUAAGAAAGCGAAGGAAAUCAUGGAAGAUUCGGUGUCUAUGGUCAAUGGGCACUAUGAAGUGGGAAUGCUGUGGAAAGACGAGGACAUUAGAUUGCCUAAUAACCACCGCAUGGCACUGAAACGCCUAGAAUACUUAAAAACUCGUCUCCAGAGAGAUGAAAAUCUGCUUCAUCAGUAUCGAAAGAAAAUAGACGAGUAUGUCACGAAGGGGUACGCAACGAAAUUGACGACUGACGAAGCCGCAAGGACUUCAUCCAAGACAUGGUAUCUACCACACCAUCCAGUUUUUCAUCCGAACAAGCCCGGGAAAGUUCGGAUUGUAUCCGACGCUGCCGCAAAGUUCGAAGGUACAUCGUUGAACAAUAAUCUGCUUCAUGGUCCUAAUUUGGCGAAUAACGUAGUUGAUGUGCUCCUGCGAUUUCGACAAAAGAAAGUAGCGGUGAUGGCCGACAUUCAAGAAAUGUUUCAUCAAGUAAGAGUUCCAGAAGAUCAAAGAGAUUCCUUACGUUUCCUAUGGUUUUCUCCUAACCUCAACGAUCCACCGGACACGUAUUAUAUGAAUGUUCACAUAUUUGGUGCAAAGGAUUCUCCAUCAAUAGCGAACUUUGCAUUAAAGAGAACGGCUGAAGAUAAUGUUAAUGAAGUUGGGCGGGAAGUUGUCGAGGUGGUUAAGAAAGCCUUCUACGUAGAUGAUCUUUUGAAGUCGGUUCCGAACGAAGCAAAAGCGAUUCAAUUGACAAACGACCUAAGGGAGCUUCUUCUGAGAGGGGGUUUCCGAUUGACUAAAUUCUCAAGCACAAGUAAAGAUGUACUCGCUACUCUGCCCGCUUCAGAACGCGCGAACUCAUCAAUGAAUCUCGACUUAGAUAAAUUACCGACAGAGAAAGCUCUCGGAAUACAGUGGAAUGUUGAUGACGACGUGUUUCAAUUUAAAGUCACUAACGUAGACAAGCCAGAAACGAAACGAGGUAUGUUGUCAACCGUCGCGAGUUUGUACGACCCGUUAGGAUUCAUCGCUCCUGUGAUGUUGCUUGGUAAAUACAGCUACAAAGAUUGUGGCAGUUGAAAUUGACCUGGGAUCAACAACUUCCUGAUGAAGAGCUGCAAAAAUGGCGAAAAUGGAAAAACGCACUUUCGCUCUUGUCUAAAGUUAACGUCCCGCGUUGUAUCAAAGAUACGAUACAAGUCGAACAGAUGAAGUCAAAAGAAGACAAAGCACUGAAAGACAUCCAGUUUCACACUUUCUCGGAUGCGAGUGAGAAGGGAUACGGUUGUGCUUCUUAUUUCCGAAGCGAGUUCAAGGAUGGAUCAAUUGCUUGUACUUUGGCCUUUGGCAAAGCUCGUGCCGCACCUUUACGGAAAAUUUCCAUUCCUCGUUUAGAACUGCAAGCCGCAGUUUUGGCAGUAUACGCAUUAGUGAGAUGAUUCAACGCGAAGUUCAAAUUAACUUUAGUAAGAUCUUUUAUUGGACAGAUUCGGAAGUGGUGUUGAAGUAUAUCAUGAAUGAAAAUAAACGCUUCACCGUUUUCGUUGGUAAUCGGAUAGCAGAGAUUAGAGAAAAGUCGGAAUUGGAUCAAUGGAAGUACUGCCCCGGUGAAGAAAACCCAAGUGAUGAUGCUUCACGCGGAUUAUCUCCCUCGCAGUUGACUACGGAUUGCCGAUGGCUGAAUGGACCCUCGGUUCUGAAAGGAGCAGAAUCGACCUGGCCUAAAACGUCGUUAGGAAAUUUAGAGGAUGAUGAUUAUUCGGGCGAGGAUGAGAUUCAAAGAAGCAUGGUUAUCGGAAUUGAUAUUCCUGUCCUGCAUCAACUACUUGAAAGGUAUUCAACUUGGAGUUUGCUGAGAGAGAAAGUUGUAUGGCUUACACGAUUCAAGUUAUAUCUCUGUCGUCGUAUUUCUUCGGUCUAUUCCUGCCCUCGAGAAAAACCCGGCUCUGAGGAAUUAAGAACUGCGGAGAACGAUAUUCUACGAUUAGUUCAGCGACACGUUUAUGCAGAGGAAUACCAACAUCUCAGCGAAGGUAAUGAAUGUGUGAAAUCGUCCAGCAACAUCGCUAAACUUAGCCCAUUCAUUGGUGAAGAUAGUCUCAUAAGAGUCGGAAGCAGACUGGAAAACGCACCUCUUAGCUACGAUGCAAAAUUUCCUCCUAUCAUCCCAAAGCAGCAUUGGAUAGCGGAAUUGAUGGCACGUGAUGUUCAUUAUAAUAACGCUCAAAGCGGUCAAGAACACACACUGAACUUACUACGACAAAGAGUGUGGAUUUGCCAUGCUCGGUCUUUGGUGAGAAAAAUCAUCAACAAGUGCUUUGUUUGUCGAAAGGGGAAUGCUCCGACACUCACUCAGAAAAUGUCACCUUUACAAUCAUGUCGAUUAAUGGCCUACGAACCCCCGUUUUCUUAUGUUGGAGCCGAUAUGUUUGGUCCAUUGUUUGUAAAACAAGGUCGAUCAAACCCGAAGAGGUGGGGAUGUAUAUUUACAUGCAUGAGUACCAGAGCGAUACACUUGGAAGUGGUACCCUCAUUGGAAACGGACGAUUUUGUUAAUGUUCUUCGAUUACUUGUUGCAAGACGUGGUACCCCAAAGGAAAUACGGACAGAUUGCGGAACAAAUUUUCGUGGAGCGGACAAUGAGUUGAAGAAGGCCAUCACUCAUUGGAAUGAUAAUCAACUGACCGAUAAAUUAUCUCAGAGGGGGAUAAAAUGGAUUUUUCAUCCUCCAUAUGCCCCUCAUUUUGCUGGUGUUUGGGAAAGAUUAAUCAAAGAUGUUAAACGUUCGUUGAAAAGCGAUCUUGCGAGGAUCAUUAGUAACUGA